AUGUCUGGCCCCUACGAUCAGAACCAGGGUUACUACGGCCAAGGUGGCUACCCUCCUCAGCAGGGCGGUUAUCCUCCUCAGCAGGGCGGCUACCCCCAACAGGGCUACGGCCAGCCCCAGUACGACCAGGGAUCUUACAACCCCCAGUAUGACAGCCAGCGCGGCUCUUCUUCCGGUGACUACUACGGUGGUGGUCACCACCAGCACGGUAGCCACCACCACCACCAACAGCAGUACGGUCAGGACCAGUAUGGUCAGCAGCAACAGCACGGCCAGGGCCAGGACCAGUACGGCCAAUCUCAAUAUGGUCAGGAAGCUCCCGGCGGUGCCCAGGAGGGUGAGCGCGGUCUCGCCGGUGCCCUUGCCGGUGGUGCAGCAGGUGCCUGGGGUGGUCACAAGGUCAACCACGGAUUCCUUGGUACAAUCGGUGGUGCUAUCGUCGGAAGUCUUACCGAGGAUGCAGUGAAGAAGAAGGGCAACAAGAAGGAGGAAGAGCAGCAUGGCUACUCUCCGUACGGCCAGUCCCAGUACGGUGGCUCCCAACAGUCCGGCGGCCACAACUCGACCCUCGACUCCCUCGGCAGCUUCUUCAAGAAAUGA